AUGAAUAAAAUGUCAGAAGAAAAUGCCAAUAAUAAGAAAUGGAUGCGCUGUGGAGUCACUGUUAAGCCUGGAUUUUCACUUGUGUCUGCUUUAACCGGAAGCGUUUCAGAUGGCUUUUGGUGGCUGAUUCUCCUUGCAAGUUCAGAAUUUGAGAUGAGCAGCCAAAAGGGUUCUCAUGAAGAAGAGAUGGGUACCUCAGAAAUCACCGGUAAAGUGGUUGUGGUUGCAGUUAAAGCUUCUAGAGAUAUUUCAAGGACUGCUUUGGUGUGGGCUUUGACUCAUGUUGUUCAACCAGGGGAUUGCAUUAAGUUGUUGGUGGUCAUUCCGGCUCCUUCUUCAAGCAAGAGGGUAUGGGGACUUUCAAGAUUUACUACUGACUGUGCCUCUAGUAAUUGGAGAUCCAGUUUAGGCACCGCUUCAGAUCAGAAAGAAGUUAUUACAAAUUCCUGUUCUCAAUUAGUGCUUCAACUCCAUGAUUUUUAUGAUCCAGAGAAGAUAAAGAUCAGAGUGAAGAUUCUUUCUAGUUCUUUAUACGGAGCUGUGGCUGCUGAGGCCGAGAGAGUCCAGUCAAGCUGGGUUAUACUGGACAAAAAGUUGAAACAUGAAAAGAAAUACUGCAUGGAGCAGCUGCAUUGCAAUAUUGUAAUUAUGAAGCGGUCUAGGCCAAAGAUUCUGCGCUUGAAUUUGAACAGUUCACCUAAGAUGGAACUAAACAUGGGUUGUCCAUUGACACUUGCAAGAAACUUGAAAGACAACAUUGAUCAUGCAGAUAUAAUUAGAGGUCCAGCUGUUACUCCUGCUAGCAGUCCUGAACAAGGGUCACCACCACUGACUGCAACUGAUAUUGGAACAUCAUCAAUAUCAAGCUCAGAUCCUGCUACUUCCCCAUUUUUCCACUCUGACAAUUAUGAGAGACAAAGGAGAGGUUUUACCUUUGUUCAUGAGGGACUGACCAACCUAGAGGAUAUUGAGUCUGACUCCGAGAGUGAAAAGUUAAGUAUGUCAUCCAAGAGUUCAUAUUUUCAGCCAUGGAUUUCAAAUGUGAUUUGCAUGGAUGGUGAUUUCUCAAAGCACGAAGACAACAUGCAAAGAUCCAGUGACAAGAAUUUGGCCACUGCCUAUGAAGCUUUGCUUCAGAAAUUCUCAAAGUUGGAUGAAGAUCCUAUACUAGGAAUGCUUAAUUGUAAAAUUGAUGUGAACUUGAGCAAAAGUGUUAGAGAAGCAAUUUCACUAGCUAAAAGUUUACCUCCUGGUCCUCCUCCGUUGUGCUCUAUUUGUCAGCACAAGGCACCUGUGUUUGGAAAUCCACCAAGGUGGUUUACAUUUGCUGAAUUGCAACUUGCCACGGGUGGUUUUUCACAAGCAAAUUUCUUAGCGGAAGGUGGUUUCGGGUCUGUACACCGUGGAGUUCUACCUGAUGGACAAGUCAUUGCUGUGAAACAGUAUAAAUUAGCCAGCACUCAAGGAGAUAAAGAGUUUUGCUCAGAAGUAGAGGUCUUAAGCUGUGCACAGCAUCGCAAUGUUGUGAUGCUAAUUGGGUUCUGUGUGGAGGAUGGAAGAAGAUUGCUUGUUUAUGAAUACAUCUGCAAUGGCUCUCUUGAUUCUCACCUCUACAGACGAAAGCAGAAUGUACUGGAAUGGUCCGCAAGGCAAAAAAUUGCAGUUGGAGCAGCUCGUGGUUUGAGAUACCUUCAUGAAGAAUGUAGAGUGGGUUGUAUUGUGCACCGUGACAUGCGGCCUAACAAUAUCCUCCUCACUCAUGAUUUUGAAGCUUUAGUAGGAGAUUUUGGACUUGCUAGGUGGCAACCAGAUGGAGACAUGGGUGUGGAAACCAGAGUGAUAGGAACAUUUGGGUAUUUGGCCCCAGAAUACGCUCAGAGUGGUCAAAUUACUGAAAAAGCUGAUGUGUACUCGUUUGGGAUAGUAUUGCUGGAGCUUGUCACAGGACGAAAAGCAGUGGACAUAAACCGCCCCAAAGGCCAACAAUGUCUAAGUGAAUGGGCACGACCAUUGCUUGAAAAACAAGCUAUUUAUAAACUUGUAGAUCCGAGCUUAAGAAACUGCUAUGUUGAUCAAGAGGUGUAUCGCAUGCUGCAAUGUUCCUCUCUGUGCAUUGGACGAGAUCCUCAUUUAAGGCCUCGAAUGUCUCAGGUGCUGAGGAUGCUGGAAGGUGACAUUCUAAUGUGA